AUGAGUUCCCGAUCGAUCUGUCUCCGCGUUCUGUCAUUCAGUCAUUUCAUUUCUUUUUUCAUCUAUUUAUUGCCAUUCUGCUUUUAUCUUUUUUCAUUUUUCUACCGCUUCUUUGCCUUUAUUUCCGUUCUCAUUCCUUCUUCUGUUCUUUUUCUUUCUUUUCAACGUUCUUUUGUUUGCGACCAUUUUCGAUUCCUCCCACCCCUUUUCUUUCUUUCUUUCAUAUGUCCCUUUCCUUUUUUUUUUUAUCAUUCUUUCGUAUGUCUCUUUCCUUUUUUUUAUCUUUCUUUCUUUCUUUCUUUCUUUCUUUCUUUCUUUCUUUCUUUCUUUCUUUCACUGCUCGCCUUUCUUUCGUUUUUCUUUUAUUCUGGAUUCUUUCUUUCUUUCUUCCUUUCUUUCUUUCUUUCUUUCUUUAACUUCCUUCCUUCCUUCUUUCCUUCCUUCCUUCCUUCCUUCCUUCCUUCCUUCCUUCCUUUCUUUCUUGCUUUCAUUCUUUCUUUCACUGCUCGCCUUUCUUUCGUUUUUCUUUUAUUCUGGAUUCUUUCUUUCUUUCUUCCUUUCUUUCUUUCUUUCUUUCAGUCCUGGCCUUUCUUUAUUUUGAUUUUCUUUCUUUCUUUCUUUCUUUCUUUCUUUCUUUCUUUCUUUCUUUCUUUCUUUCACUGCUCGCCUUUCUUUCGUUUUUCUUUUAUUCUGAAUUCUUUCUUUCUUUCUUCCUUCCUUCCUUCAUUCCUUUCUUUCUUUCAUUCUUUCUUUCUUUCUUUCUUUCGUUCUUUCUUUCAUUCAACCAUUUCCUUUCUUUCAUUCCUUUUUCUUUAUUCUGGAUUCUUUCUUGCUUUAUGUCUGUCUUUCUUUCGAUUUACUUUUAUUCUGGGUUCUUUGUUCGUUUCUUUCUUUCUUUCUUUCUUUCUUUCUUUCUUUCUUUCAACCUUCUCCUUUUUUCCGUUCGUUUUUCUUUUAUUCUGA